GGCCAGCUAGACGGCGUCCCCAAGCCAUGGUCCCUACCGGCCUCGGCUCAGCCUGGGUCUCUCUGCUCCCAACCCGAGUACCCGAAGCAGGCUUUGGUUUCAUGUCAGCAGCCUUCAUCUGCCUUCCAAAAAUAAGCCCCUGCCGCCAUGCCGAGGGGAGAAAAACAAGAAGGGCGGUAUUUUUAGGGCCAUUAAUUCUGACCACGUGCCUGAGAGGCAAGGUGGAUGGCCCUGGGACAGAGGCUGUUCAUCACUAUGUCCCGGGGGGCAGGACGUCUUCAGGGCACGCUGCGGGCCCUCGUCUUCCUAGGCGUCCUACUGGGCAUGGUGGUGCCCUCGCCUGCAGGCGGCCGCACCAACAGCACGCUGCUGGACUCGAGGGGCUGGGGCACCCUGCUGUCCCGGGCACGCACUGGGCUCGCUGGAGAGACGGCCGGGGUGAGCUGGGAGAGUGGCUAUCUGGUGGGAAUCAAGCGGCAGCGGAGGCUCUACUGCAACGUGGGCAUUGGCUUUCACCUCCAGGUGCCUCCCAACGGCCGGAUCGGCGGGACCCACGAGGAGAACCCCUACAGCCUGCUGGAGAUCUCCACAGUGGAGCGAGGUGUGGUGAGUCUCUUUGGAGUGAAAAGUGCCCUCUUCGUUGCCAUGAACAGUAAAGGAAGAUUAUACACCUCGCCCAGCUUCCAAGAGGAAUGUAAGUUCAGAGAAACCCUCCUGCCCAACAAUUACAACGCCUACGAGUCAGACCUGUACCGAGGGACUUACAUCGCGCUGAGCAAAUACGGACGGGUCAAGAGGGGCAGCAAGGUGUCCCCGAUCAUGACCGUCACUCACUUCCUCCCCAGGAUAUAAGGACCCUGAAAGAAGGCUCACAGAUCUUUUCUAUCAGAAUUUUGCACAAGUGAACAGUGCCCCCUGCCUCCCAUGACUCCUGAGUCAGGCUUCUCUUAUGGCUGGGGAGACCUGAGUUGGUUCUCUUAGCCACCAGACCCUAUGGCAUGUAACCCAGCCGCAGGAGGGCUUGCAGCCAACAUCCUAAAAUGGCAAUGGAUCCCACGCUCUGACCUCACCUGAGGAAUGAAGGUGCAGAUGACACGUGUGGGAUGUGUCCACGUGCCCAGGUAAAGGCCAGGUGGAAGUCUGUGUGUGCUGGUGCGUAUCCAUACCUCUCUGUAUAUAUUGUCAGUGCAAAGGCAUUUCAGAGCGUCAGGUUUCUUUCUCCCAGCAUCACUGCUGCAGGAAUCCGUCACUUGUCACUUGUCAAACGAGCAGGAGCGAUGUGCACUCCCAUUAUGCCUCUUUCCAAACAUCUUUCCAUUCAGAGGCCACUGACUGCACAAGUCGUGUGGCUGGUGGGGAGCAGCUGUCCUCUAAGGGCCGGGAGGGCAGGGCGAGAGGAAGAUCUAGCUGCCAAUCAGAAAGAAAGUGAGCAGGCACUGCAAACUUCCCUCCCAGAGGGCACUGGGGACUCUGGGACAGAUUGUCAGGGACAGUGGGGGAGAAGGGACCCCAUUCGUGGAGGGAGGGGACAGGACACACCUGAGGCAGCUGGGGAAGGCUGCUGGAGGCAGCAGAUGGGAACGGAUGUCCUAGGCAGCGCCGUUGAGCCUGAAGCAUCCAGUGCUGUGUGUGGCUCCAGGAGCAAGCGGGGUUCUUGCCUGCUCAUAACGUUUCCUCACUUUGAACUGGGUCUUAUUUUAACCUCGGAUGACAAGGAUCCUAAUAAUGGCAACCUCUUUGGCGAGGGGUGAGGGGUUGCAAAGUAGGGCAUGGAGGAAGUGACAGGCUUUGGACUGCAGAUGAUAAUUCCUCUCCAGCUACGUCCAGGAAACUCACCCAAGUCCUCAUCUGAUACUCUCACUUCCUUCUUGGCCACCCUCAUCUCACAUACACACUGGUGCUUGGAUGCAAUAGAAUGGGUACCAUGACCCCCAGAGUUGGCCCCCUCUGACCCCCCUGCAGCAGAAGAGUGAUAAUCCUGUGAAACAAAGCAGCCAAGCUGAAGUGGCUCCUUGCAGGACAAUGCCUUUAUGCCUCCUGUCCUUUUGAGAGUGUUUAAAACAGAGGUUCCCCAAGCAACUAUAAAUGUCUGCCCGGAGCCUUCAGAUUCCUGAACCAUUGGAACGUUCCUAAAUCUGAAAUUAGAGCAGCCAUAUCAGAGUGCAAAUAUUUUCGGCAUACGUGAACCAUCAAGUUACAAAAUGACCUGACGCCCUCAGCUACUCUCAGGGGCCCCUGCCCUCAGGACAGCCCCUCAUCUGCUGCAAAUACCUUCAUCUUCGACAUACCUCUCUAUUUGCAGACCCAUCCAUCUAUAGAUAGAUCUGAGCUGAGCAAGUGUGAGCUGAAGAAGGAGGUUGGCGAACCAGGGGCAGACGCCACAUGGCCACCUCCCUGCACGGCAGUCACCAGGGUGGACGUGUGCUGGGUGAGAAGGGCUUUCUCUUUUUCCCAUCCAAGCGAGUUCUCCUGAGGGAAUUCCCACAAUGGCUUUCUCUUUGACCUGUAAGUGACUUUGGCUUAAGAAAAGUCAGUCCUCAUCCACAGAAGUGGGUUAAGAGGCAGGAACACAGUGUGAUCAGCAAAGGGCCUCUCAGACCCUUCUCUCUCCUGCUGUGUCUGCACGGGUGUGCGAGGUUGUCUCCUAUCUGAUCACCAUGUCUACUGAGACCUGAGCUCAGCUGUCAGCCCCCCAGGAUCCAAAAGGAUCCAGUUGCCUAGGCAGGGAACAAGAGUGAACCCCACCUUCCUGCUGAGGAUGUACUAAGAAUAACUUGGGACUUCUCUCCCCCAAAUCCAGAGCUAUGACCCUGGUUUUUAGAGUUUUGUAGCCAACUGGCUCUGCUUCUAUUCUGAACCUUUUCUGGCAGCUGUCUGCAAACUUGGGGUUCCAGGAGCCCAGAGGCUGCCUUAUUCUCUCUUCAACAGCAAAUGAUGAAAAAGAGCAAUGUGUGUACACACCCUUGAAGAUGGGCUUCUCAGCUGGGAAGCAAUUAGCUCAGAGACAAUGGGGUUGGGGGGGCAGACCCCCUGUAAAACCCACACUCUCAUCAGGGCAAUGGAUGGCCCUCCGAGGAAACCAGAGACCUUCAAAUGCCUCAUGCAAGUACUGUUUGUCUCACCAUUUGCUGCUUCCUAACACCCCUUCCCGUCCCACUUCCCAUACAUUUUUGAACCUCCCUUGGAAAGCAGCAUACAAUUUUGCAAUUAAUGCCCUGUCAUUAUCCUCCAUGGCUUCCCCUUCAGCCACCACAUCCUAUUACACCAACACACACACACUCCAAGCCCCUGGUCAGGGCAGUUCUAUGGCUUAAGAAAAGGAACAUUUUCUCCUGUCAUCUCAUGCAGGUCACAAACCUCUCCCCCUUUUAGACACACAGGUUUCCUCCAGGCCAAUAACCCCAGCCUGAUUCCCUCCUGCCCCCAGCCCUGCACUGUGCGGCCUGGGUUUCUCCUUCCUGUGCUGGCUCUGAGGCCCCUUCGUGCCCUAGCCCUCUGAGCCUUCAAGUCUUCAUUCUAUUGCCACCCUGAGGGAGGAAGCGAGUGUGAAGGGCCACGAGCUGUACUCCUUUCCCACCACUUUGGAUGCCCAGUGCCUUUGCCCAUCUUGCACCACAGCCACUGGUGUAAAUCUAUCUACAGAAUGCAGCCACUGGCCUCCCAGACCCCGGGGGUGCCCUCUCUGCCCUGUCUCCCCUUCUGUUCUUCUCCAUGUAGAUGGAAGUUAGAAAACUCUGACAUCUUUCUAUCCCACUGCUUUUCCCCAAAGGCCCUGGUCAGAUGCAACUGAGCAGGUGUUCUCUGCCACUCGCCACUCUCGUGCCUGUAAAGUGGGUCUCAUAUUUGUCUCCCAUUCUCCCGGAAAGAACCAUACAUUCUUCUGCCUUUCAGAAAAACUCCGAAGGUAGAAAUCUUUGGGACAAGGCCAAAAGAAUCCAUAGCAAUACUCCAGUCUGCACUUGUCCUAAGUGGGUGUUUCCUCCUCCCAGAACAGGAGGAGGGAGUGACUGUGCCUAAAACAGAUCCUGAAUCUAGUCCAUUGUACAUAUAGCCAAUACAGAACCGUGUUUGUAUACCUCACUGAGCUACUGAAAUUCCAGCAUUCAGACAGCGGCGUCCUCACAUGAUGUCCCCUUCCAAUCAGGAGGUACCUCAAGCUGGGUCCCAGUCCAGAGCUGUCCUCAAGCUUGGGUACAGCAGGUAGGAAAAUUAGAAUUUGUUUUAUCAUAUGCUUGUAAAAUGUGAUGCUUCUAUUUUUUUUUUUAAAUACGUAUGUGCUAUGCACAAACCAUAUCAUGUUCCAGCAAAAAGUAAAAGGUCUUUUUAUACGUUCCUCUAAACUGUUUGACUCCAUCCCUCCUAUUAAAACUGACUACA